AUGCAACCACCCAAAAGGUCCGACCAGGAACUCGAUUUCGAGCUCGAUUUCCUGAGCUUGGAGGAGCAUCGCACCAUUCGCACACUUACCCAGAUCCUCUAUUGGACGCAGCCGCUGGCUGAAAGCGAUGACGAGUUUAUCGAGUUUCUUGGCCAGGUCUGUUCAGAGCCGGACCAGGCGCAACAGGACUCGCAACACAAGCUUCUGAACAACUUCUUGCGGUCUAUCGACGGGGAGGGUUCCGAGGCUAUUGCAGUAUUGCCUGGCCGCUUCAAAGCGAGCGGACUUGCUCUCUUCGCUGCUGGGUCGCAGCGGCCGCUGAACGAUCUUGUCUCUGUGGACAACCGGCAAGAAGGAGAAGGCGGUCUCAAGCCUGCCAACGCACCCCAGAAUGGAUCCAAGGGAACCAUCGCUUCCAAAGAGGAGAGAUGCAGAGUGGGAUUUACGCGCUACGAAGUUCCUCCUGGCUUUGUGCACGACCCGCUUCCGUCCUUUUUCGACCUUCUACAGGAACGUGGCGGCGAAGUUCCCCCGGCCCUCACCCUCCAGCUAACCUUGGUGUUGUUGAAACAUGGGCAGGCGCAGAUCGGGAAAGAAGCGCGUCGUAAGUCCUAUGAGGACUUCAGCCUUUUCAUCACCUGUGUCGGGUUGAGCCGGCUCUGGGAGCGCUUCGACUUCGGGGCGACUUCUCGAAACUUUUACCAGAUCAUCCGUCUCCUCGACGAAGACGAACCAACGCCAGCCUCACUCACUGAUGCCGUGAGAGAUCUGAAAUCUCCUCGAGCCCAUGAGGAACGUUUUAGCGAUGUUGCUCGUUUCACCGAGCCUAUGAAGUCGGAUUUCAAGGUCCUUUUGAAGAAGCUGAGACUCGUCAGCGGGUUCGACUACCGACAGUCUGGAAAGAUCGAGUAUGAUACACCUCGCGUCUUUUACAGAGCUCUAUCUAGCCUUUUGAAAAGACUCAGAGAUACACUGAACUGUGCUAAGCUAUAUCAACCUAAAGGGGGGCAAUCGACUUUUGAUAGAGCGGCAUUUGGUGAUGCCAUUUGUGCUCUAGAGGGCACCGUGCACCUCCUCUGGCGUUUUGUCGACCGCUUUCGAGAAGAGAUCCACCUUACACUCAAGUGGGUAGCCGGUGAAUGCAAGCUUAGGGAUGGCGCUUGCCAGAGCUCAAAGGACAGGGUUGGAAUGGCCGGCACCUAUCUAGAGGGGGAGCAUGUCAUACCUCUGGAGGAAAUCAAGAUGAAAUGGAACUGGCCCGGUGCAUGUCUCCAGUGGCUCGAGCUCCUUGUUGCCCAGCAAGCUGCCACCCGAGAUAUCCAUGUGUGGGCACCUUUUCGGACGCGCAAGUCGAAGUCGUUGAGGCAGUUGGUGCCUCAGGCCAAAAUCCACACGAUCCAGUUCAGGUCCGCGCCCUGGGAUCGAGGUUCUCACGACAUGAGUAACGUUCGACAAGAGCUGGAGCAAGAGAAGUGGCUUUUCAAGACCCAUGGGAUAGCUUUGAUAGCGUGGCUGGAACACAACGGGCACACGGAUCUGGAUGCCGCGGAAUUCAAAGGCUCCGUGCACUGUGAGACCACGCUGCUCACACUGCAAGCUCUCACGCUCCCAGGGGCCUUCAGAGGCUGGAACUGGGGUGUCCCUAGUCCCGAGAAGACAUCACAAUGCCUCAGGUCGCGCAACAUCACCGUCCCGCCGCAAGUCAUCACCAGCCUCCGAGCCAGCCGUGAGGUCCUGGGUCUCUCGAGGAGAUGCUGCCAGGGAUGUAGGGCCGUGUUCUAUGCGAUCCGAGACUUGCAGAACUUCAGGCGCAGGCUACCUCCACCGUCUUUCCACGGAGUUUGGCUCCCCAUGGCCCUUCCGCCCUGGACGCCUCGGAAUAUUGGCCUGAAGCUUCUGGACCAGCUUGAACUCGAGAUCCAGCAUCGCGGCCGCCUGGCCUUUGACUUGUUACCGCUCGAGGAGCGGAAGGAGCUGAGCCGCUUGUUCGAUCCAGACUACUGUCCAGAAGACCAUGAUCCGGACGAUGAGCAGGACCAUUAUCACGAGUCGUUGAGCCCUUUGUACGAUUCUUCAGACCCAGACUUGGAAUCACCUCCGGAGGGACUUUGAAAGGCUCCAUAAAGACCGUCGCAGCGCAUUUCGUAGAUGCGGAGAGGCGUCGACGUCGUAGAGAAGAGGUCAUCCUUACACAGGACAGGACGGCGUCACUAGGAUGGUAGAUAGUGAGGACACACUGGUAUCUGGUACAGAACCAAGCGUGCUCCAGAGCUCCAGGGUCACUUUGUAUCACAUGCGGUUCUCACAGUGCGUUCUCACAGUGUCCUCCGCUUGAUAAUCUGUAAUUCGAGUCAUCAGCUUUUGAGCGUGUAUUUGUUUGUGUGUGUCUCUCUCUCUCACUCUGUUCCCUCUUGUCCAUUUCCCAAGAAAAG